GUCAUGGCCAGUUCAUCUGUCGAAAAAGACCUCGAAAGACUUGAGAACCUUCAAGUGGGCGAUCCACCCGAAACAGAAUCGCAACCAACUACUUCAUGGCCUGUCCGACAAGAACCCCGUCCGGAUGAUCAUCCAUGGCACAACAGUGGCAUCUCUUCUAGUUCUCAUGCUAAACAAAGACGCAGCCUGGCAACCAACAACCAAAACGUAGGAAUAUGCAACACUCACAUUCGCCCCACAGAAGAUAUAUUCAAUGCCAACGAUCCUCGUAUCAAAGAGGAUAUUAACAGUAUCAUCAUGCAAUACCUCUCCGACGAAGGCUACUAUGCAUCUCAAGCUGUAUUGUAUGACGAAACUAAUGUCAAAUGGAAAGAGAGAGAAGAGCGGACAAUUGAAGCCAAAAGACUCAAAAAGGCUAUUCUUGAUGGUGAUUGGCAAGAGGUCGAGAAAUUGUGUACAAAACCUUUGGUGAAGAAUCACCGCUCGUUUCUGUACUCAGUCUACAAACUACAAUACUUGGAAUAUAUUGAAAAACGAGAAAUCCAAAAGGCAUUCACGUUUCUCAACAAAAGGUUAAAGCCACUUGAACAUCUUCAGACAAAUCCAAAUGAAUUCAAAGACUUGUGUUAUCUUUUGACAGCCAAAUCAAUUCAUGAGGCACAGAGUUUUAAGAAUUGGGAAGGAAUUAUGGCAGCAAGAGAGAAUCUAGCAGAUCAACUUCAAAACAUGUUAGACUUUGAGACAGCCGAUAGGACAGGUAACUUUUACGCACACAAAUACCCAAAUAGCAACCGAUACACACCACCCGAUCGACUGUUGACUAUGUUGCGUCAAGCUGUUGCUUAUCAAAUUGAAUUUUCCCGUUAUCAUCCUAAAAUUGCGCCUGCUGUAAACUCUUUACUUGAAGACUAUACCAGUUUUGUUAUUCCUAAUGCCGUCGGUGCUAACUGUAUUGGCCAUCAAGGCAACGUCAAGUGUGUGGAAUUCAUAGGUGAAGAUGGAAAACAAAUAGUUUCUGGGUCAAGUGAUAAUACAUUGCGUAUUUGGGAAACAGAGACAGGCGAAUGUUUAGAUAUAAUGGACGGGCACAGAUCAAGAAUUUGGGAUAUUUCAAGUACUCGUCUUGGAGACUUUGUGGCCAGUGCUAGUGGAGACUCGACUAUUAAGAUUUGGAGUGUAAAGAAUGCAAAGGCGAGCUGUACAAACACAUUGACGGGACAUGCAGGCGAUGUCUACUCAGUCAAAUAUCAUCCUAACGAGAAUCACUUGGUUACUGGUGGUUAUGACAAGACAGUCAGAUUGUAUGAUGUCGUGACAGGUGCUACAAUAAAGAGCUUCUUGGGUCACCAACUUGCAGUCACAAAGACAAUCUUCAAUCCACUCGGCAACUUGGUAAUCAGUGGCUCAAAAGACAAUACAAUCAAGUUUUGGGAUAUUGUGUCUGGGCUGUGUAUUCGUACGAUCUCAUCCCAUCUGGGUGAAGUCACGUCAGUAGAGAUGAAUUCGAGUGGCACUCUUCUGUUGAGUAGCUCAAAAGAUAAUUCCAAUCGUCUGUGGGAUGUUCGAAUGGUACGCCCUAUUCGCAAACUCAAGGGACACCAGAAUACCUCAAAGAACUUUGUCAGAGCUGGAUUUGCAGAUAACAAUUUGAUAGUUGGAGGUUCAGAGGAUGGAAAUGUGUACAUAUGGGAUCAAGCAACUGGUGAAGUAUUACAAAAGUUGCGUGGUCAUUCAGGUGUAGUGUAUGAGGCUGCUUGGAAUGCCAAACAGAGUAUGUUGGCCAGUUGUAGUGAUGACCAAACGGUUAAGGUUUGGUGGUAUGAUGAAAAGGUUCCUUUAGAGGCCUGAUUUACACCUCAAUUCAAAUCCAAACACACACACACACACAAAUUCCCUCCCUCUCGCAUACAUGUAUAGGUGUAUAUAUUAUCAAGAAAGAAUUAAUGUCAACAAUAAAGACAAGGACUAUAUACAU